AUGGGUUCAAUUACAGGGUCAAGAUGUGUGAUCACCUCCCUUUUGGAUACUGAUCUUUACAAGAUCUUUAUGCAAGCAGCAGUAUACAAGCAAUUCCCCGAUACCGAGGUAAAAUAUUGGUAUAAAAACCGGACCCCAGACUUAAAGCUCAACUCUAAAGCGAUUGAAUGGGUGAAAGAACAAAUCUCUUUAAUGGGAGACCUUAGGUUCACUCCCCAAGAAAUCGCAUACUUGGGGAAAACUUUACCGCAAUUGCUGGCUGAGUAUCUUGACUAUUUGAAAACGUUCAAACUCGAUCCAGCUUUGCAAAUUAAAUAUAUUGCUGGUGAGGAUUUUGAGUUGGAGAUUGUAGGGCCUUGGAGCAGCACCAUACUCUACGAAAUCCCGCUAUUGGCUAUAAUCUCGGAAGCUUAUUUCAAGUUUGUUGAUACUUGUUGGGAUUACACGGGCCAGUACGAAAAUGCUAAAUCCAAAGUUAUCAAAUUGAUUCAAAAUGGGUGCGUUUUUAGCGAAUUUGGAACUCGCAGAAGAAGAUCGUUUGAAGCACAAGAAAUUGUGAUAAAAGCAAUUAAAGAUGUUGUUGCAGAGUCAAAAACAAAGUACAUCCAAGGUACCUCCAACGUGCUCCUUGCUAUGCAAUAUGGUUUGACUCCAACGGGAACUGUUGCUCAUGAAUGGUAUAUGGGAAUCGCGGCUAUUACACAGAACUACAAGGAAGCCAAUAAGCUUGCCAUGGACUACUGGAUCGAUACUUUUGGUCCAAAGUAUGCCGGUUUAGCAUUAACAGAUACUUUUGGCACGGAUAACUACCUUGAGUUUUUCACCUCGCCGUACAUUGAUAUCUAUGCUGGUGUAAGACAGGACUCGGGGGAUCCGGAACUAUUUGCAGAAAAGAUUGCAACUCAUUACGAAAAACACCAUAUUCCAAAAAACACCAAAGUGAUUUGUUUCAGUGACUCCCUCAAUAUUGAGAAAUGCAUAAAGUAUAAAGAAACUGCUACAAAGCUAGGUCUUUUAUCUACUUUUGGCAUAGGCACUUUUUUUACAAAUGAUUUUACAAACUCAUCUACAGGCGAAAAGUCCUUGCCUUUGAACAUUGUUAUAAAAUUAAAGGAAGCCAAUGGGGAACCAUGUAUAAAAAUAAGUGAUAACAUUGGGAAGAACAUGGGAGACGAAAAAACCGUCGAGAGGGUAAAGCGAGAAUUGGGAUACAUUGAGAGAGCUUGGGACGAAGGCGAUGAGACCCAUAGGUGGUAA